ACUGUUUUCCUCUUUUUGUUUACUGUGGAAGUAUACACUCGCUCACGGAGUUUUAGUUAUAUAGAUGACGACGGUUCUGGGUGCACUAAUAAUAAGGACCGUUAUAUGAGAAUUAACAUGGCCAAGUGUGAAAAUAAAAACUCUCGAAGGGAAUGCUCAGCGAUGGCGAAUGGCGACACGAGAAGCAAUCGAAACACACGUAAGUUGGCGGGUUUCUUGAUGUGUUCUACUGCUCUCAGUCACUUUCCAUCUCAAAAUUAUUUAAUAACGGAAAAAAUUUACAAGCAGAAAAAUUCAUAUUUUAUUACUAACGGACGAUCAAUUCUUGCCGAAAAGAGACGGAUUCAAGAACAGGCAAGUUGGCGAGUUUCAUCAGAAGUGAUAUCGAUUCGACUGCCGUCAGUCACUUUCCAUGUCGAAAUCGUUUUAAGAUGGAAAAAAUUUCUACAAGCCGAAAAUUUAGCCGUAUUUUAUUACCAAAGGCAAUCGCACGACUGCGGGGACCAUGUGGUUUGGCUAAUUUCUAUAUGUUAUUGGCGAUACAACGUGAUUUUCGAUACACCCCGCUCCCCACCCGCGGAAAAAUCGUUUUCACUCCUCCUAGAAAUAUUUAAUUUUGCAAUGUUAUUCUUCUUUUUACCUAAUUUUGAUUAACUGAAAAUUUGUCUCCUAUUAUUCCCUUUUCUCUCUCUGGUUUGAUCAGAAAUGUGUCACCACUUGACAGAAAAAUAAAAUGUGCGAUUUUCUAAAAGGCAUGUUAUGUUUCUGCAGAUUUUAGGUUGGUGAAAAGGGGAAAAAAGAGUUGCAUCACUUUCAACAACACUUAUUCACUUAUGGUACAAGGAAACAAAGUCAGCUUCGUGGUGAGUGAAAACACUAAAGAAACUCCCUCUGCAGGCUUACAGUUUUGAAACCGAAAAAUCCUUUUCGAAAAUAGACUGUCCGAUUAUCUUAUACCGCAACAGAUUUGAUAAGUAGGUUCAAUUUUGCCGGUGAGUGUCUUUUUAGUUAGUUAUCACAACUUCGUCGUCAAAAUGUGGCGAGAGCAAAAACGAUAGCAAAGCCCUGCCGUAGGAACGUGCGUCAGCUUACGUGAUAAGAUCAUUAGCAUUUUGAUUUCUCUCACGAUUCACAACUAAUCGAUGACACCACACAUGGCAAAACAAAAUGAUCUAUGAGUCUGUUAUUUGAGAAAAGUUAGAACGCGGUUUAAAGUCGUUGGCUCUCAAAAGUUGUUCACAGGUACUUUUAAGGAGAGUUCUCGGCGGGAAAAUGUAAUGCCCCGAGAAUCGCCGGGACUUUUUUCGGAAGUAUUAUCCUUUGCACUACCGCAAUAGAUGCAGUGAAUUUCUUGCUUUCGGAUUGGCUGUAGUGGCAUGGGAUACUUUGAGGUACUGUGUAAAUGGUUAUCGGGUGAAUGCUAUUUGUAUUUUUAGUUAUGCUACUCUAAAUUCUGUAGAGCCUAUUCACUCAUAUGGCCUACGCCUAUGCAAAGUUAUUGGAACAAAAGGACGUUUUUACAUGAAAAGUUUCAACUCCCACGGUAAUGGUUAGGAAAACCAACAAUGCCGCCUUUCUAUUGCUUUUUAAUUUGGGACACUAAUAUGGCGGACGUAUCGUCAUGUAAAAGUGCUCUAUUUAAAACCCAAGAGGCAUUCAAUCGGAUUCGUGGGUAAAAAGUCUUGCUGGAAGAGCAUUCCUAAGAAUCCCUUUCUGAUACUUAUGUGUCUAUCGUAAUUGAUAAUAAUCGUCAGUAGUAAUAACUUCAUCAUUGAAUUGUUAAAAAUAGAAGAUAUACCGUCGAUCUUUUGCUUUUUCAGAAUGUCUCCUGCCACAGUAAAGAUAAUGUCAAUAAAGUAGUUUGGUUUAAUUAUGAAGUACAAGAUAUCAAGAGUAAGAAAGCACGUUAUCGUGUGUUUUACUACAAACAAGGUGGAAGUUUCAUGUGUCUUACUCGCGACUGUACUGGAACCUUGAAUGUAACUCGUGUUAACUCCCCAUUAAACCGAAACUGUUCCUUUUCCACUUAUAAUAAUUUAUGA